UUGUUGCUUCUGUGUAUAUCCACCCGCAACCCUUUAAAAAAAAUAAUAAUAAUUAAGUCUUGCGAGGAGCGCGCGCGCGGGAGGAGGGGAAGCUCAUGCGAGCCUCCCGUCCCUCGCGUCGGCCUUCCCCGAGGUGCUGGAAGGGGUGUGUGUCACUUUAAGAGGGUGGACGAGCCAAGCCUGGGAGGCUGAGGAGGCGGCGGCGGCGGCGGCGGCGGCGAAGGUAGCCACAGCAGCGGCGGCCGCGGCCAGACUGAAAGAAUGGCCGACACCGACUUAUUUAUGGAAUGUGAGGAGGAGGAGCUGGAACCAUGGCAGAAAAUCAGCGAUGUGAUCGAAGACUCGGUAGUUGAAGAUUACAACUCGGUUGACAAAACUGCCACUGUUUCGGUGAGUGUACAGCCAGUUGCCACCCCAAUGCCAAUCGUUGCUCAUGCAUCCAUCGGAGGCAGCAUCACAACCCCUACAUCUGUCAGCAGUAGUGGGCCGCCCAAUAGUGACAGUGCAAAGAAGACGCUGGUGACACUUUUCGCAAACAACAGUGCCGGCACGCCUCUUGUCCAGCAGGGUGGGCAGCCGCUGAUCCUCACGCAGAACCCAGCUUCUGGUCUAAGCACAGUGGUGACCCAGCCAGUUCUCCGGCCUGUACAGGUCAUGCAGAAUGCCAACCAUGUGACCAAUUCCCCAGUGACAAGUCAACCUAUCUUCAUCACAACGCAGGGCUUCCCCGUACGGAACGUCCGACCUGUGCAGAACGCGAUGAAUCAGGUUGGGAUUGUCCUGAAUGUACAGCAAGGCCAGACAGUGAGACCCAUAACCCUUGUUCCAGCGCCAGGUACCCAGUUUGUGAAACCUGCUGUCGGCGUCCCUCAGGUUUUCUCCCAAAUGACCCAGGUGAGACCUGGUCCGACCAUGCCGGUCCGACCGUCCUCCAACACUUUCACGACGGUCAUUCCGGCCACUCUUACCAUCCGGAGCACAGUGCCACAGUCCCAGGCGCAACCGCAAAGUAAGUCCUCUCCCAGCACCUCCACCACUCCUACUUCAACGCAGCCAAGCGCACUGGGACAGUUAACUGUACAGCAGCCAGGGCAGUCCACUCAAGCUACUAACCCCAAAUUAGUGAGCAUUGCAAGCUUUGUGACGGUGAAAAGGCCCGGGGUGACAGGCGAGAACAACAACGAGGUGGCAAAGCUGGUGAACACCUUGAAUACGGUUCCUUCGCUGGGCCAAAGCUCAGGCUCCAUUGUGGUCUCCAACAACAGUCCAGCCCAUGGCUCCCAGAGAGCAGGCAUCUCUGAGUCCCCAUCACAGAAAGUCAGUUCAUCGCCCAUCCCCACCUUUGACUUGCAAGACAGCGGGCGGAAAGUCUGUCCCCGAUGCAAUGCCCAGUUCAGAGUCACGGAAGCUCUAAGAGGCCAUAUGUGUUACUGCUGCCCCGAAAUGGUAGAAUUCUUGAAAAGAGGGAAAACCCUGGAGUCAGAACCAAAUAUCCAAUCCCCUAAGCCCCCUUCCCCAGAGAAAACGGCUGCUGUUGCUUCCCCGCCCUCCUCCACCCCCAUCCCUGCGCUGUCGCCACCGGCCAAGAUCUCCGAGCAAAGUGAAAGCACGGGAGACGGGGUGCAGAGCAAGCUGAUCAUGCUUGUGGAUGACUUCUACUACGGCCGGGAUGGAGGCAAAGUCAACCAGCUGCUCAAUUUCCCCAAGGUGCCGACGUCCUUCCGCUGCCCGCACUGCACUAAGAGGCUCAAGAACAACAUACGGUUCAUGAAUCACAUGAAGCACCACGUCGAACUGGAUCAGCAGAACGGGGAGGUGGAUGUCCAUACUAUCUGCCAGCACUGUUACCGGCAGUUCACCACUCCCUUCCAGCUACAGUGUCACUUGGAAAAUGUGCACAGUCCCUACGAAUCGACCACCAAAUGCAAGAUCUGCGAGUGGGCAUUUGAGAGUGAGCCCAUGUUCCUGCAGCAUAUGAAGGACACCCACAAGCCAGGAGAGAUGCCCUACGUCUGCCAGGUCUGCCAGUACCGCUCAUCGCUCUACUCGGAGGUGGACAGCCACUUCCGCAUGGUCCACGAGGACACGCGGCACCUCCUGUGCCCUUACUGUCUCAAGGUCUUCAAGAACGGCAACGCCUUCCAGCAGCAUUUCAUGAGGCACCAGAAGAAGAGUGUCUACCACUGCAACAAGUGUCGGCUACAGUUCCUCUUUGCCAAGGACAAAAUAGAACACAAGCUACAGCACCACAAAACGUUCCGCAAGCCCAAGCAGUUAGAGGGGCUGAAGCCGGGCACCAAGGUCACCAUCAGGGCAUCCAGAGGACAACCGCGCGCGGUGCCCCUCUCUGCGAAUGACAUCCCCCCCGGUCUCCUACAGGAUGCCACCUUGCUGUCGGCCUCUUCAGACCCCCAGCCCAACUUCCCGUAUCCGCCGUUCCAGAGGAACAUCCAGAAGAAAGCUGUCAGGAAAAUGAGCGUCCUCGGCAGGCAGACGUGCCUGGAGUGCAGCUUCGAAAUCCCAGACUUCCCGAACCACUUCCCCACCUACGUCCACUGUUCGCUGUGCCGCUACAGCACCUGCUGCUCACGCGCCUACGCCAACCACAUGAUCAACAACCAUGUUCCUCGCAAGAGUCCGAAGUACUUGGCUUUGUUCAAAAACUACACUGCUUGCGGGGUACGGUUGGCCUGCUCUGCCUGCCUCUUUGCUACGUCAGAAGGAGACGCAAUGGCCAAACAUCUUGUCUUCAACCCGUCGCAUGAAUUUAGCAACGUCAUUCUACGAGGUCCCACUUGGAGUUCCCACACGAGGGCCGCUCAGCCUUUUGAACGAGGCCUGAAAGCCCCAGGCCCCAACUACCCCCCUAGCAAAGCUGCUACUGUGAAUACACCGUCUCCUCUGCCUGAGGACGAGAAGGACGAGGAAGUGCCCGAUGAGGCACCUGCUGAGGCCAGCAGAAGGCCCGCGCAGGAGGAGGAGUGCUUGCACGUCGAAGACCAAGAGGAGGAGCCCCCGGCAAAGGAAGCCCUCGAACCCAUCAGCAAAAAGGAGCAGCUGUCCGUGAAGAAGCUGCGGGUGGUCCUCUUUGCCUUGUGCUGUAACACCGAGCAGGCGGCGGAACACUUCAAGAACCCCCCCAGGCGGAUCCGGCGGUGGCUGAGGCGGUUCCAAGCUUUCCAGGAGGAGAAUGUGGCAUCUCUGUCCGAGGGAAAGUACCUGAGCUUGGAGGCAGAAGAGAAGCUGGCAGAAUGGGUCCUCACCCAGCGAGAGCAGCAGCUGCCGGUCAACGAGGAGACCCUCUUCCAAAAGGCCACAAAGAUUGGGCGGUCCCUGGAAGGCGGCUUUAAGAUCUCCUACGAGUGGGCCGUGCGCUUCAUGCUCCGACACAACCUCAGCACGCACAAUCGCCGGGCAGUGGCUCACCCUCUUCCCAAAGAUGUCGAGGGGAACGCGAGCUCCUUCAUUGAGUUCGUGCAGCGGCAGAUCCACACCCAGGACCUGCCCCUUUCCAUGAUCGCAGCCAUCGAUGAGAUCUCCCUCUUCUUGGACGUAGAGGUGCUGUGCAGCGAUGACCGCAAAGAGAACGCCUUGCAGACGGUGGGGACGGGAGAGCCCUGGUGCGACGUGGUCUUGGCCAUCCUGGCCGACGGGAGUGUCCUGCCCACUCUCGUCUUCUACCGGGGCCGUGUGGAGCAGGCGGCCAGCGUGCCAGAGACAAUAAUCCUGGAGGCAAAGGAGAGCGGCUACAGCGACGACGAGAUCAUGGACGUCUGGUCUUCCAAGGUGUGGCACAAGCACAUAGAGGGCCAAAACAGCAAAGGCAUGCUGGUCCUAGACUGCCACCGGACACACCUCUCAGAAGAAGUUCUUUCCCUGUUGAGUUCUUCCAGCACGCUGCCGGCUGUCGUCCCAGCCGGCUGCAGCUCCAAAAUACAGCCAUUGGACGUGUGUAUCAAAAGGACCGUGAAAAACUUUGUGCAUAAGAAAUGGAAGGAGCAGGCCAGAGAGAUGGCCGACUCCACGUGCGACUCGGACAUCCUCCUCCAGCUAGUCCUGUGCUGGCUGGCCGAGGCGCUCGAGGUCAUUGGGGACUGCCCGGAACUGGUGCAGCAGUCCUUCCUGGUGGCCAGUGUGCUGCCUGGCCCCGAUGGCACGGCCAACACGCCCACACGCAACGCGGACAUGCAGGAGGAGCUGAUCACUUCGCUGGAAGAGCAGCUGAAGCUCAGCCAUGAGCCGCAGGACGAGGAGGCCGACUUGCCAGAUGGCGGGCAGGCCGAGGAAGCCACCAACCCCGAGAUUCUUCACCAGCUCUUUGAGGGCGAGAGCGAGACGGAAUCCUUCUAUGGCUUUGAGGAUGCAGAUCUGGAUCUCAUGGAAGUCUGAGCAUGGACAGAUCUCAGAGAAGAGUUCCCGUUCUCUCGCUCGCUCGCUCGCUCGCUCUCGCUCUCAUGAAAUCAAUGUUGGAUGAGACCAGUUUUACUUCCCUGUGGAUUUGUGGGUGUAGGAGAAAAGUAGGUGGACACACAGACUAAUAGCCAUGGAUACUGUUCAUUUCUGUUUUUAUUUUGUGCUUAAUUGGUUUUUUGUUUGUUUUUCUUAAAUCACUGUGUUGGUAAUUUCUGAAGAUAUCUUGUGGGUGAAUUUUUUUUUGCGCAUUUUCUUUACCUCACUGUAUUAUAGUUUCUGGGGUUUUGUUGUUUUUUUUUGUUUUGUUUUGUUUUAUACUGUGCAAAAAGUUUUUAAUUAUACUACAUCAUCAAUGUGACCUUUUUUGAAGACAAGGAAAACCAGUAUGUAGCUAAUGAAUGAUUCUCGCUAAAUCUCUUUUUUAAUUUGUUGUAACACAGAUUAUUUUUCUUUAACACUUGGACCCAGAAACGUCGAUUUCUGGGGAAACUUUUUUUAAGGUAUGAAUGAUUACUUUAACAUGUGACACAUUCUAUAGCCGCCCACUGAAAUUUGGGAUUUCCUAAUUAAGACAAAUGCAGGUAUCCUUGUUUAGGGAGAGGUGGGGAGAGUGUAGAUCCCACCAGUUUGCCACCAGCAAAUGGAUCUUUGGACUUUGUGGUACUGUACUUUAAAAAAGGGUCGAGCAAAGAUCCACUUGUAGAAAGUUACCCGGACUUUGUGACCAUUGAUGUAACAGCUUCUCCUUCUCUGUUGGGCUCACCUGCUCUUUCUGAAUUGCUAAAAAGUAAACCAUGGAAGAUUCACGCCCUUUGCAGGAAGCUUUCUUGGGCGGUCGAUUGUGAGCUAAUUCUCUUAUGGACCAUUGACUUAACCUUAAAAAAAAAAAAACUAUCGAUAGCUACUGAAGCCUGCUUUCUCCUAUGACAACAAGACACUACGUUCCCUGAAUUUAGUGCUCUGAUCGCACCCCAGCUGUGACAUGCACAAAAAGGAGGGAAAUUUCCUGUUUUUAUUUUUCACUGCCAGCGUAAAAAUGGAGACAAAAAAAGAUGUUUUUUCUACUGUUUGCAUGUUUGAGAGUUUUUUAAAUUGUAACGUAUUAUGGUCUAAAUAACGAAAGCAUUUUGACAUUACAAAAGAAAGUGGGUAACCCACCAGCCUCAGCACCAUUUCUGUCCUUUCCAUGGAGGUUUUUGAGAAAAUCUACCUUAGCCCUCCCUUCCCCGCAACCCACCCCAGUGACUCAAGGGAAGCAGGAAGUAGGGUGGGCUGACAUGUAAAUGGUUCAUCUUUAAAAUGUACAUAUGUGGAACAUUUAAUAAAGCCAGGGAAAUGGAUUUAUAAA